ACGCGAACCAUUCUUGUCUGAGCUUCUCUGCUUUUAGUUGGAUUGUUUCUUGAGCUCAGGAGCGCGCAGCAUGAAGGGAGGAGGAGGAGCGGCGGCGGUCGUCGACAGCAGCAGCAAGGACGGGCACGCGGCUGCAAGGGCGCCGGCGCCGCCGAGGAGCUUCGUGCUGCUGAAGCUCGUCGUGAGGCCGGUGCUCCUCUUCGCCGUGCUCGCCACCUGCUUCCUCGCCGCCGCGCUCGUCCUCUUCGUCCUCGGCGGCGGGGGCGGGGCCGUCUCGUACUACCGCCUCCCGACGCUCGCCGUGCCCGACGUGCUCCUCGCGGCGCCGUGCGCGGAGAAGGUGAAGGAGGCGGAGGUGGAGCGGUGGUGGGCGCGGCCGGCGGCGAGGAGCGCGUGGCACAACAUGAGCGACGAGGAGCUGCUGUGGGCGGCGUCGUUCGAGCCCCGGCGGCCGGGUGCGCGCAGGACGCCGGCGCCGGGGAAGGUGGCCUUCUUGUUCCUCACCCGCGGCCCGCUCCCGCUGGCGCCGCUGUGGGAGAGGUUCUUCAACGGCUCCGGCGGGAAGGAGCUGUUCUCGGUGUACAUGCACACCACGCCGGGGUUCCGCCUCGACUUCCCGCCGUCGUCGCCGUUCCACCGACGGCAGGUGCCCAGCAAGGCGACGAGGUGGGGCGAGGUGAGCGUGGUGGACGCAGAGCUUCGCCUGCUCGCGAAUGCGCUCCUCGACCUCGCCAACGAGCGCUUUGUCCUCCUCUCCGAGUCAUGCAUCCCUCUCCACCCUCUUCCUGACGUCCACGCCUACCUAACCCGCUCGCAUCACAGCUUCGUCCAGGCAUUCGAUGACCCGAGCCGCCUCGGGCGCGGCCGGUACCGCGUCGGCCUCGCCCCGGUGGUGUCCCUCCGGCAGUGGCGCAAGGGCGCCCAGUGGUUCGAGAUGGACCGGCGCCGCGCUGUCUUCGUUGUCGCCGAUGUCCGGUACUACCCGAGGUUCCGGGAGGCGUGUCUGCCUCCGUGCUACGUUGAUGAGCACUACCUCCCCACCGUGCUCACCAUCGUGGCGCCCGGCGAGAUCGCCAACCGAAGCGUUACGUGGGUCGAUUGGUCGCGAGGUGGGUCCCACCCAGCGAGUUUUGGUGUCGGGGAUGUGGGAGAGGAGUUCCUGGAGAGGCUGGCGGGGAAGAAGGGGGAGAAGGAGAGUUGCAUCUAUAAUGGGCAGCCGACAAAUUUAUGCUCUCUAUUUGCAAGGAAGUUUGCGCCCAGCGCGCUGCAGCCGCUGCUCCAGCUUUCGACCAAGAUACUCCAAUACUAGAUUAGUUAGUUAAACUCACUAAUGCAUGUUUAUAUUCUACUCACCGAAGGGAGAACAGAGACAUAUGACUCCUUUUUUGAUGUAACAAAACAAUGAGGGUGAUUGAAUUGACAUAUUUUGCUUAAGUA